AGUGACAUUAUUAAAAUUGUUUUAAAUUCUACCGAAGCUUUGGAAUGAAAAUUUAUUGCGACGAUAGUUAUUUGUCGAAGUUACGUUUUGUUUUUAUCGUGGUGUUUACUUACUGGAUUGAUGUGAAGAAAUUUCAGUUUAAGGAUUCAGAUUCUAGUGUUUUAAUUCAGGCCCCCAUUAUCGAUACAUCAAAGAAGCCCAUUGUGUGGGUGCUGGGAGGCCCAGGGUCCGGCAAGGGUACCCAGUGUGAGAAGAUCAUAGCCAAGUAUGGCUUCACACAUCUUUCCACUGGAGACCUGCUGAGGGCUGAGGUGAAGAGCGGCUCCGAGAGAGCGAAGACCCUCACUGCUAUUAUGGAACAAGGUGGUCUGGUCCCCAAUGAUGUGGUGUUGGAGCUGCUGAAGGAGGCCAUCGUGUCCCGCGCGGCUGACUCCAAGGGUUUCCUGGUGGACGGCUACCCUCGGGAGAAGUCACAGGGUAUCGCCUUCGAACAAGCCAUCGCUCCUGUAUCUGUGAUAAUCUACUUCGAGGCGUCAUCGGAGACGCUGACCACGAGGCUGCUGGGCCGUGCCGCCAGCUCCGGCCGAGCUGAUGAUAACGAGGAGACCAUCAAACUGCGUCUGAAGACCUUCCUCGACAACAACCAGCAAGUCCUGGACCAGUACCCUGAUAAAAUCAGCAGGAUAAACGCCGAAGCCUCCGUGGACACCAUCUUCGAUGAAGUCCAGAAGAUCCUGGAUCCCCUCGUAGUUGCUGCUUGAGCGCACAACUCAACAUUUUAUACUCUUGUACAUACACCUCUACUUUACAUUAAUUUUAAAUAUUUUAUCUAAUGAUUGUUAAUUAAAUCAUGUUUUUAUUUUAA